GGGGCGGCUCCAAUUUUCCGACCGAGACUCCGUGCUCGCGACGUCUCCACCGUCAUCUCUCAAACGCCGACCGUCACUUUCGGGCAACUCCCGAUUCUUGGCCGUGGAGGUUUUCUGCCGUCUUGCAUCGCAGACUGAAUCCCCUCUUCUGACGGUCUUCCCUAAUCGCAUCAUCGACGGGGCUUCCCAACAGAAGCAGAAAAAAAGACAAAAAAAGAAAGUUCACCAGGAACGGAUUCCAAUUUCCGACUCUCCCAACGUCAUUCCGCGCUUCUACCCCGACCCUUUCUCCUCUUCCGACUCUAACCCCCGCUUCGCAUCGGACCGAGAGAUAUCUCUUGAGCUAUCAUGGGAUCGUUCGUGGAGGAGCUCUGGUCGAGCGUCUUUACCCCGGGUCCCACUCCGACCCUGCUGGUCGCGACCAACGUCACCUUCGCCGCCCUGCAAGUCGUCCUGUUCUCCCUUCUCGUCGCCACCUACAGCAUCCAUUUCGUCAUCCUCUCCCUCCUCUCGGGCUCCCUCUGGUACUCGAUCAACUGGUUUGCUCGGGAAGUGCGAGCCGUGCAGGCCGCCGAGGCCGAGAAGGAGAAGAAAGAGAAGCAGGAUACCCCGGCACGGGAGAUCCCGGAGGAGGCCAAGGACAAGCAUGACGGCAAUCGAAGAAAGACGCCGGGGGCUCUGGACUCCGAUAGCGACACGGAGACGGAAAGCAUCUCGGAGCAUAACAGGAGGAGCUCAGACGCGUCUGCACCCGACCUUCGGUCCACUCCUGUCCCGACUCUCCAGCCGCCAGAGGCCUCAGGAGAGGUUCGCAAACGCUCCAGCGUCGGAGGGGACAGCUCGGGCUAUGUGAGCACCGAUAGCGAGUGGGAGAAGGUGGAGGAUAGUAACGGGGCAUAGCAUGUAGGAGUAGGUGGAGGCACUUGCUGUAUGGUUUAUGUGCGAUUUCGAGUACUGCUUUACGGUACUGUGUGUGGCUAUGUCUGUUUGACGCUAGAAUGAGGCGGUUUGCCUGGCAUUCGACACUCGAUUAUAUACGUUCCUUGCUUGGGUCUUCGAACCAAGAUACCCCUAGAUAUCACCAGCUUGUUAUAACAUAUCAAAUGAAGGAAAUUGGCUAUACAUCUAGG